AUGGCUCUACUGCUUGACUCCAAUCCAAACCCAACCAACUUCUACGCACGCCUCAUCCGCAACCAACGUUUCGCCGCCAUCCAAAGGUUUCAACUAGAGUCUGGGGAGUUGCUCGCGGACUGUCCCGUGGCAUACAGGACAUGGGGGAAGCUCAAUGACAGCGGCGACAAUGUCCUGGUCGUAUGUCACGCUCUGACUGGGAGUAGCGAUGUGAGCGAUUGGUGGAGCCCUCUUAUUGGACCUGGAAAAGCCUUUGAUCCCCGGCAUUUCUUCAUCUUCUGUGGGAACGUGCUUGGCUCUCCUUAUGGAAGUGCAUCGCCAUUGACCAUCAACCCGGACACUGGCCGAUCAUAUGCGAGCCAGUUUCCUCAAACAACCAUUAGAGACGAUGUCAAGGCUCACAAAUUGGUGCUUGAUGCCCUCGGCGUCAAGUCAAUUGCUGCCGUCGUCGGUGGGUCUAUGGGCGGCAUGACGACUCUCGAGUGGCCUCUUUGCGCACCUCCUGGAUUCGUCCGAAACAUCAUUCCAAUCGCUACUGCUGCUGACCAUUCCGCUUGGGGCAUUUCCUGGGCCGAAACUCAGCGGCAGUGCAUCUACUCCGACCCUAAGUUCGACGACGGAUAUUACGAGCCGACACCCGAAGGUCAACCAUCAGCGGGACUAGCUGCUGCUCGAAUGAUUGCCAUGUUAACGUACCGGUCUUGCACGAGCUUCGACAAUCGCUUCGGGAGAAAACCACCCCGGCCUCCAUCUAAGCCCCAAGAACCCCUUUUGGACCUCCCUAGAACAGAAGUACUGCCAAGGGGAAUGCAGAGCCACGGCGGAAAUGAAAUUGCACAGCGAAAACAAGAUCCCUCCUUUUCCGCUCAAGGAUACCUGCACUACCAGGGGGAGAAAUUCAUCAAGCGCUUCGACGCCAACUGCUACCUGCACAUCACCAACAAAAUGGACAGCCACGACGUUGCUUACGGCCGGGCGCAGGGUUCAGGCGACGACGGUCUGGCGCAGGUGUUGUCCAGCGUGCCUUCGGGAGCACUGGUCAUCAGCGUCGAGACCGACGCACUAUUCCUACCAGAGCAACAAGAGCGCCUUGCCGCCCACCUUCCGGGGGCGUCGCUGUCUGUGCUGAAGUCCUCGGAUGGGCACGACGGCUUCCUACUCGAGUUCGAGCAGCUCGAUGUCUUGAUUCAGUUCCACUUGCGCUCCAAACUGCCGGAUCUGUACACUGUGACGUACGACUCGAACGAGUCUCCGAACUCCGACACAAACAUUGCAGCAGGCGGGAGUCUGACAGGAGAGCUUGAAAGUUACUAA